AUGCCCGCGCGCGGACGCGAAUCGAGCGCGGUGACGCGGAAGCGAUGCGUCUUCACCGUGGCGGUCCAUCCGAGCGCGCUGGGCGAUCCCUUGAGAGGCGCGCGCGUCGUCAUCGAUGGGUUACGCAUGCGACACGUCGCGGCGCUCGGCGGCGUGCUCAUGGCGUGCGACGACGCGCGCCUGACGGGCGUGGAGGACGUCGAGGACGAUGGAUCGAACGAUGAUGAUGCGUCGAAUGGAUGCGCGCACUUUGAGGGCGAUAGGGGGGGUAAAGGCGACGCGGUGUCCACGCGCGCGCACGGACGCGUGCUCCACGCGAGCGGACACGUCGACGUGUGCGUCGAGGCGGAUUGCGACGUGUUCACGCCCGUGCGAGGGUCGAGAUUGGUCGGAACGGUGAAUAAGAUUGCGCAUGAUUUCAUCGGAGCGCUGGUUUUGGAUAAAUUCAACGUCGCGAUCGCGGCGGGGGACAUUCGAGAGGAGUUGGUGAGCGAGAGCGAGGAGUGUUGGCGGAGCGCGUGGGACGCGAGUCACGCGAUUCGCGUCGGGUCGCAAAUCGUUUUCACGGUGAAAGCGGUGACGGAGAGCGACGACGUGGUGUUGCUUCGAGGAUCAAUGAAGGAUUCGGACACGGGUGAGCGCGAGUACGUGGCGCGAUCGUCGAGCGGGAUCACGAGCAUUGAACAGAAGCUCGCGCCGCCCGAAAAGUGUGCGAAGAAGGAGAAGAAGGAGAAGAAGGAGAAGAAGGAGAAAAAGGAGAAGAAGGAGAAGAAGGAGAAGUCGGCGAAAAAAGAAAAGCGCGAUCGCGACCGUUCAAGCGCGGACGCCGCCGACGACGGAGAGAAGCGUCGAAGAACGGACGAGUGA